UUUAUCUCAAACUUCGUGGGUCAACCACAACUAGAGCAGAAAAGAAGAAGAAGGAAAAGACGAAGUUUGUGUUGAACCGUAAAGGUGGUUUCUAACUCCGUGUAAAGGGGAUCAUGGCGAAAGUUCCUCUGGGUAAAGUGCUGCUUCGCAAUGUCAUCAGGCACACAGACGCACACAACAAAAUACAGGAGGAGUCAGAGAUGUGGAAGCUGAGGGACAUGGAGCUCCACACUCCGUCUCCUCGGGAAUCAAAGAACAGCUGGAACACAAGAAGCAGCAUGCACUGUGACCGGUACCUGAAAGAGUCAGAAGGAUCCGCACGUGGCAGGCUCGGCGAUAGGGAAUGUCUUUCUGAGCGAGAUGAACGUGAGGCGCGUUACUGGACACGAAAACUCUAUGAAUUUGAGGCCAAUGAUCCAGACAGAUGGGGUCACAGUGGGUUUAAGGAACUUUAUCCAGAGGAGUUUCAACAAUCACAUCGAGAGACAGACGAUGUGAAACACAGAAGAAACGGCAAGGACAAACUGUCUAGCGAGAAACAAAAGAAAACCAAGAAAUCCUCAAAGAGAAAGAAGAAGAAAAAGAAAAAGAAGCAGAGGACUGAAGGGUCAGACUCAGAGUCAGACAGCAGCCCGACAGAAGGCACCAAAAGGAAGCUGAAGAGGAAAAGUGGUAAAAGCAAACACCGCAGGAAAAAGGCGCACAAACACAAAACAACUGAAGAGGACAGCAGCACUGAUGACAGUGAAUCGGACAGAGCAGGAGAAAGGACACAUAGGAAAAGGCAUCAGACUGUAAUAGACACACAAACAGAGCCUGAAAGAAAAAAAAGGAAAAACUGGAAAGCAGCGAAUGAAGAAAAAUCAGAGGAAAGCUCUGACAACUGAUGCACCUUCAUCCUCACUGUUCAUUCAGUCUGUUGUGUUUAAAACAAAACAGCAGUUCAUUAGUACAUCGUUCACACUGUCACAUAUCUCAGAUUAUUAUAUAAUUCUGUGCUGUCUGAGCUUCAUACCUCACCAACUGGAUACUUGAUGGAACUUUUUUAAAUGAUGUAAUACACAUGAUUUUAUAACAUUUUAAUGAAAGCUUGUAUAUGCUUUCUAGUUUUUGUAUACAUUUUGAUGAAACUAUUUUUUUAAAACAAAACUCAGGUAUUUUACUCCAAAAUGGAAGAUAAAGAUAUGCCCAAGAGCAUUGUGGAUGCAACAAA